AUGUCUUCAAAUACUUGUUCCCUCUCACAAAAUUCCAUCAAUACGAUCAAUAAAUUGUGGGGGUUUGAAAGCUCAACACAAACUGUGAUUAAACAAUCGGAAAAUCAUACCUAUUUGGUGAAGGAUAAUUCCGAACAAUCCUAUAUUUUGAGACUCACUCCUAAACAUCAUCGUUCAGUGAAGAGUAUUUGGGCUGAAUUGGAAUAUUUGAAUUUAAUUCAUGAUCAAGCUAAAUUACAUAGUCAAGAUGAGAAGUAUGCUCUCAAUGUUUGCCCACCAAUUGCUAAGAAGGUGAAUGAAAAUGGAGAAUUUCUGCUCAUUGCUGAAUUGGAAGAACCAUACGAAACUGAUAAGGAAAAGGUUUGGUAUGGAGUCUUGUUUGAAUAUGCUCAAGGUAAUUCUGUUGUUGAUAAAUGGAUUGGUUUGACUGAUGAUUCAAUGAUUGUUGCAAUUGGAGAUGCUAUGGGAAGAUUACACAAGAUUAUUUCUGAAAAGGCUGGAAAUCCUGAAAGAUGGGACGAAAUGGCUAAAUAUAUUCCAGAAAUUUCAGGCACUCAUAAUGGAGCUUGUGAUUUGAAUCGUAUUAGAGAAAGAGCUCAAAAGGAUCAUGAAAUCUCAAAGACUUUAAUUCAAAUAUAUGAUGCAGAAUUGGCUGAAUUUUUGAAAUCUCACCCAAUUGACUCUGAAAAUUAUGGUAUUGUACAUGGUGAUAUCAAUGUCAGUAAUUACUUUGCCAAGGUUCAACCAGAAGGAACCAAGCUGUGGAUUUUCGAUUUUGAUCAAGUUCAUAAUAAUUACUUUGGACAUGAGCUUGGUGUCGUACUUCAUACAGUUACUUUCUUUGAAAACGAUGGUCUUGGAAUUGGUAAAAUUGAAGGUUUCGAUGGUGAUAGAUUUAGAGAACUAUUCCUCAAUGCCUACAAAAAUGCCUAUCCACCUAUGGCAAAAUAUUUGGAUGUUGAAUCAUUGAAAAAGUUUGAACUCCUUCGUGCUUUCUAUCACACAUCUAUUGCUGCCGAUAUUUUGUACCUCAAGACUGAAAAUCCUGAAUCAAAAAAUUUCGAAGAAGCAAUUAUUGGAUUUUGCCAAAUUGUUGUUGACAAGUUUAUUAAGAUCCACACUCAAUAA